CAUCCUCCCUUCCUCCCCUCAUCACAUCCCCUCCCUUUCCUUGCCUUCCCCCAACACUCGGUCAACAUGGCUGACAGCGCGAACCUCAAAAUUACGAUGCUCGGCGCUGGCCAGGAGGUCGGGCGCUCUUGUUGUGUUCUCCAGUAUCGCGGACGAACAAUAGUCUGCGACACUGGCAUUCACCCUGCACAUACUGGCAUGGCCUCGUUACCCUUCAUUGACGACUUGGACUGGAGUACAGUGGAUGCUAUACUCAUUACCCAUUUUCAUCUUGACCAUGCAGCGUCCUUGACGUACAUAACCGAAAAGACCAAUUUCCGCGACGGCAAGGGGAAGAUAUACAUGACGCAUCCCACGAAGGCGCUACACAAAUUCAUGAUGCAGGACUUUGUCCGGACAGGAUCUUCUUCUUCUGACGCCCUCUUCUCACCCUUGGACAUCUCAAUGUCCCUCGCCUCCAUCAUCCCCGUAUCCGCUCAUCAACUCAUCACUCCAUGUCCUGGAGUCUCCUUCACCCCCUACCACGCUGGCCACGUCCUGGGCGCCUGCAUGUUCCUCAUCGACAUGGCCGGCCUCCGGAUACUCUACACCGGUGACUACUCCCGCGAAGAAGACCGUCAUCUUGUCAAGGCGGAGCUUCCGCCAAUACGGCCCGACGUCCUCAUCGUCGAAAGCACCUACGGCGUGCAAAGCCACGAACCACGAGACGAAAAGGAGCUGCGUUUUACUAAUCUUGUUCAUUCAAUCAUCCGGCGAGGAGGGCAUGUACUGCUUCCUCAAUUCGCUUUGGGACGUGCGCAAGAAUUACUGCUCAUCUUGGACGAAUAUUGGAAGAAGCACCCGGACCUGCACAAUGUGCCCAUUUACUACGCAUCUGGCCUGGCGAGGAAAUCUAUGGCCGUCUACCAAACAUACAUCCACACCAUGAACUCCAACAUCCGCUCACGAUUUGCGAAGCGCGAUAACCCCUUCGUCUUCAAAUACAUCUCCAACGUCCCCCAACCGCGCGGCUGGGAAAAGAAGAUCGCUGAGGGCCCACCCUGCGUCGUACUUGCGACGCCCGGGUUCAUGCAGACCGGCUCCUCUCGCGAGCUCUUCGAGCUGUGGGCGCCGGACUCGCGGAAUGGCCUGAUUGUCACAGGGUAUUCGGUGGAGGGGACGCUAGCUAGGGACAUCAUGACGGAGCCCGAGGAGUUCCAGUCGGUGAAGGGGCACAUGAUCCAGCGCAAGAUCUCGGUGGACUACAUCUCGUUCAGCGCGCAUGUGGACUACACGCAGAACGCGGAGUUCAUCGAGACGGUGAGGGCGCAGCAUGUGGUCUUGGUACACGGCGAGCAGACGGCGAUGGGCCGGUUGCGGGCGGCGAUGUCGUCGAGGUAUAAGGAAAGGGACGAGGAUGUGAAGAUCCAUACGCCACGGAACUUGGAAACCCUAGAGCUAUCUUUCCGCGGGGAGCGGGUAGCGAAGGCCAUCGGCACCCUCGCCGACAAGCCCCCGCAAUCCAGCGACGUCCUCUCCGGUUUACUAGUCGCCAAGGACUACUCCUACACCCUCCUCGACCCGCGCGACCUGAAGGACUUCGCGGGCCUGUCGACGUGCGUGGUGACGCAGCGGCAGCGCGUUGCAUUGGACGUGCAGUACGAGCUGGUGAGGUGGCACUUGGAGGGGAUGUACGGGAAAUUGGAGGAGGGGCUGGAUAAGGAUGGGGUGAGGACGAUAAGGGUCAUGGGCGUGCUGGACGUCAAGGACGUGGGCAAUGGGAUGUGGUUGUUGGAGUGGGAGUCGGGCGCGAGCCAUGAUAUGAUUGCGGACUCGACGUUCGCGCUGUUGACGUCCAUCGACAAGAGCCCCGCGAGUGCUAAGCUAACCCACAAACCCUGCGCGCACAAGCACCCACACGCAGACCCCGAGGAAUGGGGCGAAGGCGAGCGCAUGUCGCGCGUGCAGAAACUCGCGAGCUUCCUCGAGGUGCACUUCGGCGACGUCGAGUGGCACGACACGGAUGGGUCGGAGGAGGUGACGGAGCUCGGGCAGGAGGCGAAUGAGCCGCAUUUUAUCGUGCGGUUGGAUGAGGCGGUGGCGCAGAUCAAUUUAUUAUCGUUGACCAUCUUCAGCACGAACGACACGCUCAAAAAGCGCGUCGAGAGCGUGCUCGACAUGGCCGUCACCACUGUCACCUCCCUCGCCGAGUCCUUCACCUCCGCCGAGCCGCUCACCGUGGACUCCGAAUCCGACCCUACCCUCACCGAAAAAGAGAAGGGCGAAAAGCGCGGCAAUGACGGCGUGAUCGUGCCGAAUAGCGCGAUCAUGGCGCCGCCGUCGGAGGAGGAGGAGAUCGCGGCGGCGAAGGCGGCUAUGGCGAAGAGGAAGGAGGAAGAGGCGGCGGAGGCGGCGGCGAAGGAGAAGGAGGGAAGCGAUGCGGGGUCGGAUGGUGGGGAUGGGAUGCUGGAGGUGCAUGAUUGAUAGGGAGGCAUUUCUUGAGAUAUAGAGUAUAUGUGUAUCGUAUAGCAGCAUCUACGAGGCGUAACAUGACCUGAUGGCGGGCAAUUCCAAUUCGGG